AUGGUCAAAGUCGCUGUUGCUGGAGGCCUUGGCAAUGUCGGAAAGACAAUCGUCGAGGUUCUGAAGGAUGAUCCCAAGCACGAUGUCAUUGUUCUCUCUCGAAAGGCCAGCGACAAUGCCGCAGCCCCCGUUGUGGCAGUCGACUACAAUAAUGUGGACUCCCUGAAGCAGGUCUUGGAGAGCAACAACAUUGAAGCGGUCAUUUCCGCAUUGAUGGUGGGCGACGAAGUGGCUUCGCAGUCUCAAAUCAACCUCAUCAAGGCUGCCGACAAGUCUUCGACGACGAAGAAGAUGGUCCUCAGCGAGUGGGGUAUUCCUUUCACUGCUGAAGACGUAUCUCCGCUGCCUCAUCUGGCGUUCCGUCUUGCUGCGAUUGCCGAGGCCCGGAAGACUGGACUUCAAUGGACUCGUUUCCAAACCGGUUACUUCAUGGACUACUACGGCUUGCCGCACAUCAAGAGCUAUCAGCAAAUGUACAUGCCCGUGUUGGAUAUGGUGAAUAAGGUGGCAGCGAUUCCUGGUGACGGGAACGCACCAGUGACUUUCACGUACACAUUCGAUGUUGCGAAGUUUGUCGCCGCGGCACUUGAUCUUCCGACAUGGGACGAGGAAUACCUGAUAGUCGGCGACAAGCUGAGCUGGAAUGAGUUCUUGAAGCUCGCGGAGGACGUUCGUGGCUCCAAGUUUGAGGUUCACCAUGAUGAUCUUGACAAGCUCAAGUCCUUCCAAGUCACCGAGCUUCCCCACCACCCUGGGGUUUAUCCCUUCUUCCCGAAGGAGAUGCUGCAACGAUUCUUCUCGGUCUUUGGGCUGUAUAUGGCCACCGGCAGAUUCGACCUUCCGAUUGAGAAGGCUUUGAAUCAGAAAUUUCCGGAGAUCAAGCCCAUCACGGCGAAGGAAUUGCUGGAGCAGGCCUGGAGGGGUAAAUAG